AUGGUCGCCGGGGGUGGACAGGGUGGUGGAGGCUUCGGUGGCGGAAGUGGUGAUCACCAUUCUUCCACGGUGGAUCAAUCGAGCACUUCCGCCGCCGCCUCCUCCUCCUCCGAGCUGCUGCUCGCCUGCAAGCUGCGCACGCUAAAUGGCGCCCUCGACUCGGGCGUCAACCUCAGUCUGAUUCCGCCGGAGCGGACCGCCGGCCUGGCGCUCACCUGCGAGGACGUCCUCUUCGAGUCGACGCUGCCCGCCCGCUCACUGGAACGGCUCCAUCAGCUAAAGGAGCUGCACAUUGAGCGGUGCAAGCUGAGCGAGCUGACCGCCGACGUGCUGGCCGGCCUGGGCGAGCUCCGCAAGCUGACCGUGAGGACGCACAACACCGACUGGGGCGACCAGAGUCUGAAGGUGGCGCCGGCCGUCUUCCUCCCCGUGCGACGCCUGGAGCAGCUCGACCUCAGUGAGAACGGCCUGGCGGUGCUGCCGACGGCCCUCUUCUGCCCCCUCGGGCGGUUGCAAUUUCUCAACGUCUCCGCCAAUGUCAUCGGCGACGUCGCCUCCUUUGGCUUCAGCGCCAAGGCCUUCGAACAGGCGACGGUGGGCGGAGGAGGUGUUCCUGGUGUGCCCGGAAGUCCUAGCAGCUCCUCAUCAUCAUCAGCGAGCAGCUCAUCAGUGGCCGAGUGCCGCCGGCUGGACUCGAUCAGCCACCUCGAUGCCUCGGCGAAUCGCAUCAAGGUGCUCACCGACCGAGGCUUCGGCCGCCUGCACCGCCUGGCCAUCCUCAACCUGCGCCACAACCUGAUCGUCCGCGCCGAGGAGACCUCCCUGGCCGGCCUCGGCGAGCUCGCUCGCCUGGACCUGUCCAACAACCAGCUGGUCGCCCUGCCGGCCCGCUUCUUCCAGGCGGUGAAGACGACCCUAGCGGAGCUGUACCUGCAGAACAACUCCAUCUCCGUCAUUCCGCCGGGCCUCUUCUCCGGCCUGGCGCAGGUCACCGUGCUGGAUCUGAGCCACAACGAGGUCACCUCUCACUGGAUCGGCCCGACCACCUUCGCCGACAUGAGCCGCCUCCUCUCCCUGGAUCUCUCCUACAACAAGCUGACGCGCAUCGACGCCAACGCCUUCCGGGCGCUGUACACCCUCCAGUCGCUCAGCCUGCAGCACAAUGAGAUUGAGUCACUGGCGGAGAAUGCCUUCAGCGCCAAUCGAAAUCUGCACACGCUCUCGCUGAGCGGCAAUCGCCUCACCACCCUCGACGCCGCCUCCUUCGCCGGCCUGGAGGUGCUCAACGCACUGGCCCUCGACCAGAACCGCCUGCUGCACAUCCACGCCGCCUCCUUCGCCAACAUCAGCAGUCUGAUGGAGCUUAACCUCGGGCAGAAUCGGCUGGAGGUAGUGCCGGCGGCGCUCUCCACCCUCAAAAUGCUCCGCUCGCUGGACCUCUCCUUCAAUCACAUCCGCGAGAUUGGCAACGCCUCCUACCUCGGUCUGGAGCAGCUGUACAGCCUCAACGUGGAGGGCAAUCAGAUUGGCAAUCUGAGCAGAGGGGACUUCAUCGACCUGCCCUCGCUGCGCGUCCUCAACCUCGCCCGCAACCGCAUCGCCCACGUGGAGAGCGGCACCUUCGAGGACAUCAUCGACCUGCACGCCCUCCGCCUCGACUCGAACACCCUCGCCGACGUGAACGGCCUCUUCCCCGGCCUGCGCGACCUGCUGAUGCUGAACAUAUCGGCGAAUCGGAUCGUCCACUUCGACUACGCCAUGAUCCCCAUGGCCCUCCAGUGGCUGGACAUUCACGAGAACAGCAUCGAGCAGCUGAGUAACUUCUACUCCAUCGAGUCGGAC